AUGUCAGAUUUUAUUGUUAAUUUGACAUAUAAGCUCAAAAGUACCUUGGAAAAUCUUUACUCAUUUUUCGGCAGUGAGUUUCUACAGAGUACAGAAAUUAUGGAUAAUUCAAAAAUUGAAUUAUUAGUCAAAAAAUUAGAACUAGAAAUACAAAAAGAUCUUGAAUUGCAUCAAAAAUGGUUAAAUUGUUGGCUUCAUCUUCCUUUAAGCUUAUGUCGUCUUGGUGAAAAUAAUGCCCAACAAUUUGCACAUAGCUAUUGGUAUGUAGUACUUAAAAAACCUUGGUCAAAGGUUCCUAGUCUAAAAGAACUUUGCUAUGCAAAGUAUCUUGAAAUUGACGUUAAGGAAGAAAAUUUUAAUGAUUUUGAUCUUAAGGAUGCAUUAACUGAUGAAAUGUUUUUUCAAGAAUUCAAAUUUCAGUUUACUGAUAAACAAUUAAAAGAUCUUCGAAAGAAAAAUCGAAUAACUCACAAUCCACAAGAUUCCGCUUCAAUAAUCCAAUCCGAUAGGCAACGAGAGCAGGAGGCUGAUAAUCUAUUUGAAGAAUUAUUUAUAAGUCGUUAG